AUGAUCCACAACGCCGACCUCGUAGCAGCCGACUGCUCGCCGAACAACAAAUUUGAGAUACCCUUGGUCCGUGAUUCGGAACCUUCUCCUGCGCAGCCUCUUUCCAAGGAAGACCACUACAUCAUCACCGCCGCCCCCCCUAUUCGACGCGAUUACACAUUGCGUCUUGGCCUUCACUCUGACCGGCGGGAUGAGUAUGGAGGCCGUCUCGAGUCUAUAGAGAGUCAUGCUACCGAACAAUGCUUGACUCAUACGCCCAGUAAUGCCUUGCAGCUCGACCUGGGCCUUGGCACGCACUCGUACAUUGAGCGCAAGACGCAAGUUGACAUAAAUUCUACGAUUUCACUUGGCUCGCCCGCACAAGUAGUUGUCACUUCUUUUGUGCCUCUCGAGGCCCUGGAUGAGUUGAACGUGCUCGUGAAUCUGGAACCGCCCCCUCCUCAUAUCGCAACGCUUGCGCCUCUUUUACAACCUGCACGUCUUCCCUCUGUCCCAUCUUCGCCAUGUCUCUCGAACAUCGAUGCAAUCGUCUAG